AUGUAUCGCUAUCAAUUCCAGAGUGUCAACAGUCAAAAUUUCAUGGAGAUUUUGAACGAGCAACUGCACCAGGACCACGAAUUUGGCCGUACGGUGAACGUCACGAAGAUCAUGAACUCUUGGACCCAUCAGCUGAGUGAUACGAUCCUGGUGCUCAAUCACACCGUCAUCCCGAAAGUGACUCGGGCUCAGUUGAUUGACGACGCUUUCACGCUGGCCCUGGCCGGAUAUUUGGACUAUCAAGUGGUUGAAUACACCAAUAGAUUCAAGUUCGAGAAAAUGGAUCCGAUUUGUGAUCCGCUGGAUGGAGUCGGCUGCCUGAACUGGAGUGACGACGGUGGGUGUGUCGAUCAGGUCAUGCGCCUCUUUCACGCUCAAAUGGACGGUUCAAUCACCCCCGAAGAGAAAAAGGCAAUGACGGAAUAUUUGGAGCGCAAUUGGUGUGCGGUGAUUCGCUACGAUGGUAAGGAAGAAUGGAACUGGGCGUGGCGAGCUAGUCUCUGCGACAUGUGGUCGUCACAGCGAACAAAGAUCUUAUCGGCUAUGAGUUGCAGUCAAGAUCGUUAUCGUUUGAAACAGCUUCUUUCGCGCGUGUUUUCGCCGACCAUCGAACAGGACCCGACCGACACGUUCGCCACCAUCGAGAAGAUGACGGAAAAUCACGUCGCUCGUUCCAUGGUGUUGACAUUUUUGGCGACCAACUGGGAGAUCCUAGGGCGACAGGAACACAUUUAA